GCUGCCGCCUGCCUGCUCGUCUACAGCUGGACGAGCUCGGGCUCAGUGUGGGAGCGAGCCCCACUGCCAUUUCCUUUUCUCUUUUCCACACUCCAUCCUCUUCACCUCCUCGCGAUAUAGAGAGACGACAUAGAGAGGCGCCGUCCCAGGUGCGCUUCACACAAUGCCGUCCGCUUCGGCCUCGACGGCUUCGUCACCACCUGGAUCUUCCAAGAUGAAGCAGAGCGUACUGAGCUUCAAGCCCAGAGUAUCCUCUGGCCUCGCAUCAGGACCUUCAACGCCAAACGACUCGCUUAGGCCUCCCAUCGAGCCCAUUGAGAUCAGCGACAUCGAGAUGGCAGAUGGCGACGAUCAGACGCGUGGACAAGACAGCGACGAAGAGAUGACGACUCCACCUCCAAACGGCGAGGAGUUCUCGACCCCUCCGGCUGCUAGCACGCCCAAAGGCACAUCGUCCUCGCGCAUGCAAGCGGACUCCGAUGAUGACGAUGACGACUUGUCCGACCCACCGCCACUUGCCAAGUCGGCGUCCUCCACCACGAGCAAGCCCAAGGUACUCACCAAGAAGAGACAAUCCCUCGUUGCCAACAGCCCCAAUGCCAGUGGCAGCUCAUCGUCCAGCAGCAGGUACACGCCAGUCGGACCCAAGGUUCCCAAGGAGAAUGGAGAGAUGAGGAAGACAGCUCUGCCUGGGGAGGGCCCGCUCUGUCACCAGCAUAGAGCUCUUUGCGCUACUGAGCAGAUCCGCUGCACCUAUAUGCGCAAACCUACCGUCCGAUGCGGCCUCAAGUUCUGCGCUGCUGCCCUGAGCGUGCAGUACAACGAUGAUCUCGACGCCAUCAAGGCGAGAGGAAGGAAUGUGCCGGGUGUCGACCUCGCUGAGCACUGCGAUGAGAGUGAAGCAAACUACAUUUUCAAGUGUCCUCGAUGCCUGGGCAUUUGCACGUGCAGCAUCUGUCGAAAGAAGUUCGGUGUCGAGCCCGUCAGAGUCGAGAAGCCCCCAGCUGCACCGAAGCAGAAGGCUCCCGCGAAGUCCAAAGCUAAGGCAAGUACGUCCGACGUCAAGGGCAAGGCCAAAGCAAGCAGCAGCAGCAGCAGCGGCGCCGGCGCAAGCGGCGCCAAUGGUAGCCAGAGCAAGAAGGCAGCCGCAGCGCCCUCGGGAGCAGCCAAGGCCAAAGGCAAGAAAGCGACUUCUUCCCUUAAAAAUGCCCUCACCAGCAAGGCGCAAGCUCUCCCCUCGACCAGCAAACCACGUCAGGCAACCUUACCUCGCCCUAUUAAGCCUCCCGCACCAGUGGCAGCCCCUGAGCUUGAGGUCAUCAAGACUGCCCUGCAUCCGGAGAACGUGUGGGCGCGCAUGUGGAUCUACGAGACGCUCGUGCGAUUCGACUUCAUUCGAGUGCCCAAGGGCCAGCUUAUCCAGCUCGACAAAUUCGACCUCUGGACGCAUCGCCAAGUUCAGACGCUCCUCGAGCGCAUCCUCGUCGCCCUUGCCGGUAUCAACAGCAUCAACCAAGGUCAGCCAAAGGCGCGCGUCGCCCCGGCUAUUCAAGCGUUCCGCCAAUUCGGCGAGGACCUGCAGAGGGGAGAGCCCUGGCAAGCAGCGAGGGACCUGCUCGACAGCCUCGGCUUCGACAUCCCUGAGCUGCCCCACGUCGAGCGCGUCUUCUCCGACGAAUCCAAAGAGGCUGCGAUGAGGGAUGCCGAUGACUCUGGGCCAACACUACUUAGCUCUCGCAUGACGAGGACCAAGAGAGCCGCCGAGGUGCGCGCGUUGGAGCGAGUCAAGCAGCAAAGCCUCUACAGCUACGAGUCUCAAUUCAGCGACCAGGACGAAAGCAGCGAGGAGGACGAGUUGGAGCCUGCGCGCAACGGCGACCGUGAUGAGUGGGCUGGAGAUGCGGAAAGUGAGGAGGACGAGAUGCCUAGGCGAGGAGGCCGAAGCUCAGCCAGACAGGCCACGCGAGCUGCUCCUGCUGCUGAAGGUACCCGUCGCAGUGGGCGACAGACGGGCGCCACAAAGGCAGGCACGUCAGCAUCACGAAGUAGCCGCCGCAUCGUCAUUGUCAAUGGCAGUAGCAAUGGCAGCAGCCGAUCUGGCACAAGCUCGACCCUCACAGACAGCGAGAGUGGAGGAAGCGACGACGACGACACCGGAGCAGAUGACACGCGCACCAGCACUACUACCCCUCCUCCGUCCACCACGACAGCUCCUGCCCCUCCCAAGCCGGCCGAGCCCCUCCCUGCACCCGAGAUGGAAGAAAAGGUCGCCAUCCUCUGCGUGCUCCUCGAGGCCGUGCUCCAGACUCCUGAGGUUAGCGAAGAGCUCAAAAGUGGUGCGGCCCGCAUGGGCGAUAUCGACCGCGCUGCACGCGAGGAUCUCAAGCAGUUGGAGAAGGAGUGGGAAGAAGAGAAGAAGGUCCUGGCAGCUGCGGCGCCUAGCAUGGCCAAAGUGGACGACUUUGCCAAGUGGAAGAAGGACAAGGACAAGAAGGAGCGCAACCAUAAGCUGCGGGUGCUCGAUGUCAAAAUGCAGGCCUUGAGGGAGACUCACUGAGUUCAAUGAGGUCAUGCCUCGUGACACGCAUGGCAGGUGGGCAUG